AUUUGGAGCUGCUGUCGCUCACUUUACGCACAAGUCGCGCACUCGCUGCGAAGAUCGCGGUCCUCAUCCGCCAUCAAUUUCCACCAUGUUUGCAUGCUACCAGCACAGAACAGAGUCUGAUAUUGAGUGCAUUUCGCUGCGUACUGGUCUACGCACAAACUGCGCAUCUUGUCCAAGUCUGUACAAAUGAACAUAGUCUCUGGUAUCUCUCCGUUCUCCUCCGCUCUUUUAUGUCUCUCCUCGUGGUCAAAGCACUUCAAUUCCCACUUCCCCGGUUACACAAACCGCCAUUUGUAUAUUGACUCCGUUGACCUGCGCUUCGCCUUCGGACGUCGUUUCGCGAAACCAUGCCAUUCACUUCAACAUUCUUAGUCUCGAAUAUCCAUUGCCCUUCUUGUGUCUCCUAUGCCAAAGAUGUCCUACAUGAAGUUCCCGGCAUCCAGUCGGUUCACGUUUCACUGAUCGACCACACCAUUCGAGUCAAGCAUGAGCAUGACAAAACUCAGGAACUUAUCGUCAAGGAACUGCUGAAGGCAGCGUUUGAAGUCCAACAUGUCACAACCCUUGACUCCCGCGGCAGUCAAAUCUACGAUCGCGAUGUGUCCCCAGCCCAUUCCACGUACUUCUCCUCCCACUCAACCUGGCGGCUGUCUCGUGCCCAGCGUAAGCAUAUCGAGAACUGCAGAGCAUGUCAAGAGAAAAGAGCACGCGAAUCUACACGGAAGAGGUCAUGGACAGCUCGACGGCCGGGAUUGUUCAACACCAAAUCUAAGAGCAUCGAUAAUACAGUGUCAGGCGACACCCUCGUCGAUCGGAAGCCUACCAUAACCACUGUUGAUGGAGCCUCCGAUGAUGCGCCCGCCGAACAGUAUACCGCAACGUUCUCGAUCGGUGGCAUGACCUGCGCCUCGUGUAGCGGGACGAUAUCGAAAGAGUUGAGCAGUCUCGAGUUUGUGGAUUCGGUGGAUGUCAAUCAUAUGACGAACAGUGCAAGGGUUGUUUUCCGGGGCCCAAAAGAGAACUGUGAUAAAAUCCUAGAGACGAUUGACGACCUGGGCUAUGAAGCCACGCUUGAGCACGUCUCCAAGUCCUCGAUAGCGCAGUCUCGGUCGGAGAAAGACCACAAGGAGUGCCGGGCUUCUAUGAGCAUUGAGGGCAUGACUUGUGGCAGCUGCGUCGGUACAAUCACCCGAGGUCUUGAGGAGUUGCCUUUUGUUCGCUCGGUCAACAUCGACCUAGUUGGCAAUCGCGGCAUCGUAUGUUUCGAAGAUGAGCAAAACCUUUCAGCAAUAUUGGAAAAGAUUGAUGAUCUGGGAUAUGAUGCCACAGUUGUUAAACUGGAGGAUUCUUCCGAGUCCCGUGAAUCCUCCGGAAAAGCAAAAGAAAGGGCUGUGCAGAUCAAGGUCGAUGGCAUGUACUGUGAACAUUGUCCAGAAAAGGUCUGGUCCGCGGUUCAGAACGGCCUGCCUCAUACGAACGUCGACGGCCACCCAGCAUUUACCGUUACUCAGUCACCCACUCUCCACGACCCCAUCAUAACCAUUGUGUACCGGCCAGCUCCUCCGGACUUUACAGUGCGCAGCUUCAUCUCUGUCAUUAACGCUGCCGACGAAGCAUUUCGCGCAAGUGUAUAUCACCCGCCAACCCUGGAAGAACGAUCCAGACGAUUACAACGCAAGGAGCAAAAUCACAUCCUCUGUCGGCUCAUAUUCACCGCCAUUGUUGCCAUCCCUACCUUCAUCAUUGGGAUCGUGUACAUGAGCCUUGUCCCUAAGUCGAAUUCUACGAGACAAUGGUUCGAAGAGCCCAUCCUCGCAGGCAACGCCAUGCGGAUGGAGUGGGCCUUGUUCUUUCUGACCACGCCUGUCAUGUUCUACGGAACGGAUAUGUUUCAUACGAGGGCUUUGAAGGAAAUCAGGUCUAUGUGGAGACCCAAAAGCAAAGUCCCCAUCCUUCGACGCUUCUAUCGUUUCGGCAGCAUGAAUUUAUUGAUCAGCGCAGGGGCCUCGGUAGCCUAUUUUUCAUCAUUAGCCGUACUGAUUAUGGAUGCCACCACAAAUUCCACACCUAUGGGUCACGAUAGGUCGUCCAACACCUAUUUUGACACCGUGACGUUCCUCACAUUCUUUAUUCUUAUCGGACGCUAUCUGGAGGCGUACAGCAAAGCCAAGACCGGUGAUGCCGUUGCAAUGUUAAGCAAGUUACGACCUGCCGAUGCUUUGCUGGUGGACGUGCAGAGUGGAAACAUUCGACAAAUACCAGUUGAUCAGCUUGAGGUAGGCGACAUCGUUCAACUCCCACACGGCGCCUCGCCACCAACGGACGGCGCAGUCGACCAGGAAGGGACGUUUCUUUUUGAUGAAAGCUCUCUCACUGGAGAAUCGAAACCCGUGAAGAAGAUACAAGGGGAUGAAGUCUACACUGGCUCCCUCAACGUGUCGGAUCCAGUCAAAAUCAGGGUCACCGAAGUUGGUGGUACAUCUAUGUUGGACAAAAUUGUCGACGUGGUACGCGAAGGUCAAGCGAAAAGAGCCCCUGUUGAACGAAUUGCGGAUAUUCUGACAGGCUACUUCGUUCCCGUGAUUACAUUCCUGGCCAUCAUCACAUGGUUGAUUUGGUUAGGUCUAGGCGAAUCAGGUAUGCUACCACGAGCAUGGCUCGAUGUGUCGCAGGGUGGAUGGCCGUUUUGGUCCCUCGAGUUUGCCAUUGCCGUUUUCGUGGUUGCGUGUCCAUGUGGAAUAGGCCUGGCCGCUCCCACGGCUCUCUUCGUUGGAGGUGGACUUGCUGCCAAACGCGGAAUCUUGGUUCAAGGCGGAGGCGAAGCCUUUCAAGAAGCGUCAAACCUCGAUGCGAUUGUAUUUGACAAGACAGGGACUUUGACGGAAGGUCAAAUGCGCGUCACAGACUUUGAAUUGCUUCAUGACAAGCCAAGUGGCGGGGAAGAUGUGCUUGACAAGGACGGUAUCCUCGUGGUCGCUCGCAUGUUGGAAGAAUCAAGCACACAUCCGAUAGCCAAAGCCAUUGCAGACUACUGCACGCACGCCCCCAAUGGCAGUCAGAUCGAGCCGGUCGAAAUCAAGGAAGUGCCAGGUCAGGGCAUGAGAGGCACCUUCAAAAUCAAAUCGAGUGCUGGACCACAGAAAUUCGAAGCUAUCCUUGGGAAUGAAAGGCUUCUCGGGUCAGUAACCGUCAACGAAAGCUCCGUGUCAACAACAUCAGCGUCGACCAAAGUCGAAGAUGAAAAAGAAACCAAGCCUGUCAUCGACGAGGACUUCUACAUUACCCCGAUCCUACGAAAACACCAAGGGUUGGGACAAUCCACCGCCAUCUUUGCUGUCAGGAGAUUUGUCGAGACCGAAACCGCCGAGAAAGCUUCCCCUUCCGACCUCACAUUCCAUGCGGUGGCGCUCUUUGCAAUUGCCGAUCCCAUCCGAGCCGAAGCUCCCACAGUCCUGGAAUCGCUGCGGAAAUCCAACCUCGAAGUCCACAUGUGUACAGGAGACAACCAAACCACAGCCCGGGCGGUCGCAGCUCAACUCGGGAUCCCUGUCACCAACGUCCGUGCCGGCGUGCUCCCUCAGGACAAGGCCGCGUACAUUCGAGAACUACAAAGCAAUUCUCAGGCUAUUGAUGAGGCUACCAGUGCGCAGCGCAAACACAAACACAAACAUCGCCGCAUCAUUGCAUUUGUCGGCGACGGCACAAACGACACUCCUGCGCUUUCCGCCGCGGACGUUUCCAUUGCCCUGUCGACCGGUUCCGACGUCGCAGUAACCACCGCUUCGUUUAUUCUUCUCAAUUCCGAUCUAAACACAAUCCUCUCGCUUGUCAGACUGGCCAAACGGGUCUUCCUGAGAGUGAAGCUCAACUUCGCCUGGGCCGCCGUGUACAAUAUCUGUCUUGUGCCUGUUGCUGCAGGAGUUUUCUUCCCAGUGGGCGCGACUGAACACCAUGCAGGGUGGAGGUUAGGUCCUGUGUGGGCGAGUGUGGCCAUGGCUGCAAGCAGCGUCAGUGUAGUCCUGAGUAGUUUGGCGCUGAAGUUGCCGGAGAUUCGAUGGAGGGGGAAAUAGUUCCAUUUUUAUAUCAUUAUAUGGCCCAGUGAGAUCAUUGAGGCUGCGUCAUAAAUUGAUGUUUCCAUGGAAUAGGCCUUGUAAUUCUAAUUUUGAAUAACCAUAAAACAUUGAAUGAUUCCAACUUGGAUCAGCGGUUACUGUACAUUUCGGCUUCACCGAGCAAAGCUUUGCAUGGCUAAGAACAAAAAGGAGGGCAUCUUUCUCGGCCAUCAUACAGGAACUGAUGGCCAUCCACAAGGUUGUGUACCAGGUACCUGAUUAACCAUGUCAAGGAAGACGAAUACUAUUCCCAGAUCCCCGGACCACACUCACACCCAGAUGACAUAUACGCGAACGAUCUGACGACGGGUGAGUAGUAGUAGUCCCAUAGCACGUCAGGAAAGCAUAUCAAUGCUCGUUCGUUGUGAGCGAGACUCGUGAUAUCUAGCUCUAGCUCCAGCGAAAUGCAACCGAAUUGUUGUCUCCACAAGCAUCUUUCGCCCGUCGACACAACUUGCUUCCCUAGGUAUGUGAGACCCAAUCUACAAUCUACAACCUCUCCCUUCUAGGCACUCUCUCCAAAUCACGAAACCGCUCAUACUCCCUCAAACACUCCGGGUUCCUAAGCGUACUACUAACCUUAACAUCAUUCCCGCUAAUAAUCUUCUUGACCGCAAUCUCAACUUUCUUGCCAUUGACUGUGUACGGGAUAUCGCGGACAGGAAGAACAAAUUUCGGCACGUGGCGUGGUGAAAGGCCGUCUCGGAUAGCAGUUUUGAUACGUGUGGCAAGGGCGUCAUUAAACUCGUCCUCAUGACCGGGCGCCAUGACGACAAACAGGAAAACCGUCUCAUCUUUAUCCUGGGCGCGACGACGACCGACGCACAAUGUGUCGGCGAGGACACUAUUGAAUUGGGGGCCUUCGACGAUAUUGUAGAUUUCGCUGCUGCCGAAGCGGAUUCCGGAGGGAUUGAGGACGCCGUCGCUGCGGCCUAGGAUUUGUACGCCGCGUGUGGCUGGGUUCAUGACGAUGAAGUCGUGUUGUGCCCAUACGUCGAGGUAGCCUGUGGGAGUCUCGAAUUUCUCAAAGUACGCCGCGCGGUAUUUGCUGUGGUUCUCGUCAUCGCCCCAGAAUUUACAUGGCAUGCUGGGAAACGGCGCUCGACAGACCAGUUCGCCCGGUUGGCCCGUCAUGGCGAUGGAUUCGCCUGUGUCCGGGUCGAGAAUGUCGCAGUGGUGGCCGAGCGCCCACAUCUGCAUCUCGUUGGCGUAGACUGGUCCUGCUGGGUCGGUGGCGAUCCAGGACGAGGCAAUUUCCGUGCCGCCUGCGACUGAGGACAAGUGAAUCCGACGUGGGAAGGCGGAGUAGAACCAUCGAAAUUGCUCGCCUGUGAGGGUGGCUCCGGUUGUCGUGACUAGAGUCAAAUUGGACAGGUCGAAAGAUGAUGGCUUGAUGCCUGAUUGUUCGAGUUCCAGAAGAUAUCGUGGCGAUGUGCCCCAGUAGGUGACUUUGAACUUGUCACAGAUGCUCAGAAGCGUCGAAGGAUCUGGGUACAGCGCUCCGCCGUCGUAGCAGAUGAUGUUGGCGCCGACUGAC